GCUAGCUUUUGCUCUCUCUCUCUCUCUCUUCAUGCCUUCUUCUGGACAAGAAAACCAAUUGGGGAAUUGUGAAUUUAGCUCUAAAGUGUUUGGAGGGGAAGAAAGUGAAGAAAUGAAGAAGUGUAAGGUGGUUGUGAAGAGAGAUGAGGCUGCAAGAAGCAACACUGCUUCAUCUUUGACAAUUAGGAGUGUGAGAUAUGUAGAAUGCCAGAAGAAUCAUGCCGCUAGCACCGGUGGCUACGCUGUUGACGGCUGCAGGGAGUUCAUCGCCAGCGGGGAGGAUGGGACCGACGGUGCACUCAUUUGUGCAGCCUGCAGCUGCCACAGGAACUUCCACAGAAGGGAGGUGGAAACUGAGGUAGUGUCCGAGUAUUCUUCGCAUUCUUAAAAUGGGAAAUAUUGGAAUGGGAAUAAGAAUUUGCGUGUGUGUAUAUGUGUUUGUGUGUACGUGUGUGAGGAGGUUCUUAUUAUGAAUGGACUUGUAGUACUUUUCCAUUUCCCAUUGCUUUCUAUGAUAUGAGUGUCUUGUGUUUUUGGUGUUUUUUUCUUUC